AUGUCAUCUCUGAGUGAGGAUCUGAAAGAGUUUGUUCCAGGUCUAGAGUUGAUUGACUUAACGCAUGACAACGAUAGCGGCGAUGCCAUUGGAGAAAUGGAAGAAGUACCGGUCAUAAUCAUCGACGGUGUGCAAGCGGCCGCAGAUGAUGUACCGACCAGAUAUUUCCAACUGGAAAAAGUUCGAACCUUUGCUGGCGCUGUCCUCAACGUCGGAGACUGCGCCGAACUUGCUGAUGGCCACUUUCUUGAGGUCAAGCGGAUCCUCGACAGCUACAAUGCAGGCUUAGAGGUACAGCUGCAGGGCGAACUCUACCGACGAGCAUCGGACAUGAACUAUAUGCUUUUACGCAGAUGCAACGAGGUUUGCCGCAUAUCGAGAGCUGACGAGGACGACCGCGCAGGCCUCGCCGGCUCGAACAAGAGCUUUUCGUAUCCGUUGUCUGCAGUUGUCGCCCUUCGCCGUUUGAUCAAGACCAAUCAGGUGUGGCCAGCGUGUGCUCCCAGAUCUUUGUGGACAGACUUGCCGUACCUUGACACCGAAGACCUCAAAGUAAGAGGUCCGCUUGUCUGUCGCUGGGAGUAUGUUGAGAUAUUCGACGACCACACAAAGAAGAAUCCGAGUGGUGCGGUGCUUCGCCGCUUACAUAACAGCGAGGCGAGCCCAGGACACGGUACAGCGGCAGCACAACUGCGCAAGCUGUGGCGCGGCAAGUUGGUGUCCAGAAUCUCUGGUAAUGCAACAGAGGCGGGCUUUAAGGCCAAGGCGAGGAGCAAGCGUGACGGGAAGCUUGAUGUGCAUAUCGACCUAACCUUGGACGAGGAUGAAGAGCCCGAAGAGGUCACAGAAGUUACUGUGACCGAGCACUACACUCGGGUGAACGUGAACGGCCGUAUCACGAAGCGUACCCGGCCUGACAGCAGUAUCACCGAGUCCUACAAGCGUCGUGUAAGCUCCAAUAAGAGAAGACCAGCCCCGCCAGCACAGACGAACGAAACCAGCGAUAACUUCACGUUCACCUUUGGUGAUCUCUGCGCAGGAGCGGGCGGAGCGACUUGCGGGGCUGUACAAGCUGGCUUGAAGCCCAGCUUCGCCCUAGACCUUGACCCAAGUGCAUGUGCGACCUACAAGUGGAACAACCCCAACGUCGCAGUCGAGCAACGUGAUAUCACUGAUUUCGCGGCUGGGAGAUCUGCGAAGUGGUAUCACUUCGUAGACGUCUUGCAUAUCUCCUUUCCGUGCCAGCCAUGGUCGCGCGCGCAUACUUGUCAAGGGAAGGACGAUGCGAAGCGUGAAGCACUCAUUUGGAGUGUUCAGGCGAUCUUACAGAAGUACCGGCCGAGAAUCAUCACGCUUGAGGAAGUCGAUGGCCUUACCGAGCCACGCAACAUUGACGUCUUUCGCUCUCUCAUACAUGAGUUUACGCAGGCAAGCUACAGCGUGAACUGGCGUACUCGCUUGAACUGUAAAGACUACGGCAACGCUGCCGAACGCCAACGCCUCUUCAUAAUCGCAUCCGGUCCAGGUGAGCCUCUGCCAUCAUUCCCAAAACCAACACACGGACCCGGUUUGAAAGCCUUCACUAGCGUCCGUGACGCCCUUGCUCGUUCACCCAACGUUAUCGAUCUUGAUAUGGAAGCAGUCAUCCAGCGGCAUCACCGCCCAUAUGACUCGGGGCAGCCGCUCAAGUACACUAUCACAACAAGCACCGGGAUAUGGGACCAGCAUCCAGAUGGCAAGCGCGGAUUCUCUCUGCAAGAGUGCGCCUUACUUCAAGAUUUCCCCACAAGGUACAGGUUCUUCGGGGGGAGGACUUCCAUCAGGAGGCAGAUAGGCAACGCUGUUCCUUCCUGCGUGGCCGCAGCGGUCUUCGGGGAAGUAGUCAAGACGCUGACAGAGCACGACGCGAGGGCUGCUGAGGAGAAGACGGAACCGGAGGUGAUAGAUCUUGAAUCGGAGCUGGAGGCGAUGGUCAUUGAUUGA